UCUGAAAUAUCUCAAUAACUGGCGAUAAUUUCCAAUAGUGUCAGGUUUUAAGCUGCGGCCGUUUGUUCUCUGGGUGUGUACGCGGCCUGUGUAUAUGACAAUAUUUUAUUACCGCACAUUUUCGCGCUGGUGUCAGCUACAAAUUAAUCCAACACAUGUUGUUUAAAUCAGACACAUGCACACACGGAGGAGAGAGAGGAGCAGUGAUGGUAUUUUAAAAGCGAUCUAGCCUUUUGAUCCCGAGCGAUAUUCAAAUCGGUAAAACUAGCUCAGCUAGCGUUCAACGCAAUCUCAUAUUCCGUCCUUUCCCGUACCGCGACGUGGCAGUUAUCAAAUUGCUUAAUGCUGUAACGUGUUGCGUUGGGUUUCUCCGCUUCCUCCAUGUCCUGCAGUGACCUGGGAAUCGGGUUACCAUCUGUACAGAUGACCGCGACCGACCUUAUGCCCAGAAUGGUUAGCGAUCCCUACAACAUGGUCGGGGUGCCGACUAACCGCAUCAACAUGAAUCCGCCCUUCAUGUUCACCAGCGAACAAGUGGCAUGCGUAUGCGACGUGCUACAGAACUCGAACAAUAUUGGCCGCUUAGAAUCUUUCCUCUGGUCCUUGCCGCCACAUUGUCCGGAGAUCCAGAAGAACGAAAGCGUACUGAAGGCCCGAGCAACAGUGUACUUCCACCGCAAUGACUACAAAAGUCUGUACAUGCUACUGGAGUCGCACCACUUUAGUCCGGAAUCUCAUCCCAAAUUACAGCAGUUGUGGAUGCGCGCGCAUUAUAACGAAGCGGAGAAGUUGCGCGGCCGUCCACUGGGUGCCGUGGGGAAGUACCGUGUACGACGCAAAUUUCCGCUGCCCAGGACAAUCUGGGAUGGCGAGGAGACAAGUUACUGCUUUAAGGAAAAGAGCAGGAAUGUGUUGCGCGAAUGGUACACUUCGCAGCCAUAUCCAUCGCCACGAGACAAGAGAGAAUUAGCGGAAAUUACCGGGUUGACCACAACCCAAGUGUCCAACUGGUUUAAAAAUCGACGGCAACGGGAUCGCGCCGCUAACGAAAAAGACGGCCGGUCAUCCCCGAAUUCAAAUUCAGCAUCGAAUGAUCCGGCCAAUUUGAACGACGGUGACGAUUCCUCGCACGAUGGCGAUAGUGGGCCGUUAACGGGAUCGAUCGGCUCUAUGGGAAGCGUAUCGGGAGCACUGUGCAUGGAGCCGGUGGACAGCAAGCGCUCUGUCAUUAGUAGUGUCAAUAUGAAUGGCACAUUCAACCCGUUGGCGGAUGAUUUUCGAUUACGGGAUAACAGUAACAGUACUGUUAUUCAAAUGGCCAAAAUGUCAUCAGUUAAUCAUAAUCAGUAUUUUAAAACGGAGUAACAAUCAUCCCCAGAGCGGAUAUUAUAUGGAGUGGAAAAACUGGAAAUUUGAUCUCAAUCCUGUAAUAAAUCAGCUUAAUGCGCUAUAUGACUGCUCUGUACCGUGUUCAUAUUUCACCGACCGUUUUCUCAAUUAAGUAUGAUUUUCUUUUGUCGCGUGCGUUCUGUUAAAUUAUCUCAUGUACAGCGCGUAUCUUGUAAUUCGAUGUCGUACAACAUUUCGCGGUUGCCCGAAUCCAUUAAAUUUCUUAUUCGUCUG